AUGAAGACGCCACUCCAUGGGGCUCCACAGCCGACCCGACGGGUGCUGCUAAGGGAAAAACUUUCCAACGACUGUGCACGCGGCACCCUCACACACCUAAUUGGAAUGGACGUGAGCAACACAUCUUGAAGAACAACAGUUAUGAGAGAGAAGGAGAAGAAUCCACAGUACUGGAGGAAUCAGGCUCAGCAGACACUGAAAAUUGCCCUGAAGCUGCAGCAGCUCAACACCAAUGUGGCCAAGAACAUUGUCUUAUUUCUUGGCGAUGGCAUGGGAGUCUCCACAGUCACAGCAGCUCGUAUCCUCAAGGGACAGCUGCAGAACAUGAAGGGGGAAGAAUCCCUGCUGGAAAUGGACAAGUUUCCUUAUGUGGCUCUGUCCAAGACCUACAACACCAACGCCCAGGUGCCAGACAGUGCAGGCACCGCCACCGCUUAUCUCUGCGGGGUGAAGGCCAAUGAGGGGACGGUGGGUGUGAGCGCAGCCGUGACCCGCGCUCAGUGCAAUACCACAGCGGGCAAUGAGGUCACAUCGAUUCUCAAGUGGGCGAAGGAAGCAGGCAAGUCUGUGGGCAUCGUAACCACCACACGGGUAAACCACGCCACUCCCAGUGCUGCCUAUGCCCACUCUGCUAACAGGGACUGGUAUUCUGAUAACGAGAUGCCCCCGGAAGCCAUCCAGCAGGGCUGCAAAGAUAUCGCCCAACAGCUCUUUGACAACAUCCCAGACAUCGAGGUGAUCAUGGGAGGUGGCCGGAAAUACAUGUUCCCAAAGAACACCAGUGAUGUGGAAUACCAGAAUGAUGACAAGUACAGGGGCACUCGUCUGGAUGGCAAAAACCUCAUCGAUGUCUGGAGAGAUAAGAAACCUAAAGACAAGAAUUCCCAGUACGUCUGGAAUCGCAGUGACCUGUUGUCCCUUAACCUGAUGGAAGUGGACUUCCUCUUAGGCCUCUUCGAGCCAAUAGAUAUGAUGUAUGAGCUAGACAGGAAUGUCCAGACAGACCCUUCCCUGACGGAGAUGGUGCAGGUGGCCAUCAAAAUCCUCCAGAGAAAUCCCCGAGGAUUCUUCCUGCUGGUGGAAGGGGGCAGGAUCGACCAUGGUCACCAUGAGGGGAAAGCCAAGCAAGCACUGUAUGAGGCAGUGGAGAUGGACAGAGCCAUAGGCGAGGCUGGUGGCAUGACCUCACUGGAAGACACACUGACCGUAGUCACUGCCGACCACUCCCACGUCUUCACCUUUGGUGGAUACACACCCCGCGGCAAUCCCAUUUUCGGUCUAGCGCCAAUGCACAGUGAUGUGGAUAAAAUGCCCUUCACCUCCAUCCUGUAUGGAAAUGGCCCCGGGUACAAAAUCGUAGCCGGAGAGAGGGAGAAUGUGUCCGCCGUGGAUUAUGCUCAUGCCAACUACCAGGCCCAGUCGGCUGUGCCCCUGCGCCAGGAGACCCACGGGGGUGAGGACGUGGCGAUAUUUGCCAAGGGCCCCAUGGCCCACCUCCUGCAUGGAGUCCACGAGCAGAACUACAUUCCACACGUCAUGGCCUAUGCCGCCUGCAUUGGCCAGAACACAGACCACUGCAGCUCCGGAGCCCACCACAGCACAGUGGGGCCUCUGCCCUUCCUCUCCACCCUUACCUCCAUCCUCCUCCUCAAAUUCUUGUUUUAA